AUGGCAAGCCUGAGUGCUAUUCGAGUCGCUGCUCGCUGCCAGCCUGCUAAACAGGCUCUUAUUUUUCUUCACGGACUGGGAGACUCUGGUUCGGGAUGGUCGUUCUUUGCUGAGUUCUUACAGAGAGAUCCAGCUUUCCAGCAUACGAAUUUCGUAUUUCCAAAUGCACCUGUGCUCAACAUCACCUGCAAUGGUAACUACCCGAUGCCGGCAUGGUUUGACAUUCGCGAGUGGGAGGAAAUACAAUCGCGGCCCGACGUGGAUGGCUUUAUGAAGUCUUUGGACGUGGUCCGCCGUCUAGUUGACGAACAAGUUCAAAAUGGCAUUGCACCCGAAAACGUUGUCGUGGGUGGGUUUUCGCAGGGUGCGUCAUUGGCACUUGCUAGUGCGGUGACUUUGCCUACGAAAAUAGGAGCAUUUGUGGCCCUUUCCGGCUUUUCGAUCAUCAACAACAAGCUUUUAGAGAUUCAAAAUUCGGUCAACGUCGAUACGCCGAUUUUCCAUGGCCAUGGGUCUGCCGAUCCGGUAAUAUCGCUGGCCAUGGGACAGAGUGCACACCGGUUUUACACUGAACGUUGCGGCCACUCCCGCUACACAAUGAAAGUGUAUCCUGGCAUGGAGCACAGCACUUCACCUGAGGAAAUCGCGGAUCUGGUGAAUUUCCUACGCUCAUCGUUGAAUCUUGGUCAGUGA